AUGCAACAAACUCGAUCACCUUUGUCACCUAUUGACUCUAAUCAAAAUACUUAUAGAUCCUAAGCAUCAAAGACUUAAGAUAUAAAUUAUUAGAUACAAUUCUAAAUAUCUAAAUAGAAACUUUCGACUGUACCAGAUUCUCGUUAAGAUAAUAAUGCUAUUUAUAUGAGUCCUAGAAAUACAAAACUAAAAACCUAAACUAUUCUAUCACCUAAUUGUAGAUCACCUUUAACAUCAAGAAAAGAAAUAAAACCAAUUUAAUCUCCUUAUAAUUUAUCUAUUCAUUCAGCUUAAUCACCUAUUAAAAUAGGAAAUAGUACUGCUCAUAAUAUAAAAUAAGAACUUGACUAUUUUAAAUAAAAAAAUAAUAAUCUUCAGAAAUAAAUCCUUAAUUUGACCUCUGAAAUUUAACGUGGUUAAUCUAAUACUCUAAUUAAAGAAUUACAAUAAAAAAUAUAAUUAUUGACUUAAAUGAAUGAGAAAUUAACUUAAGAGAAUUAAGAAUUGCAAUAAAUAGGAGAUAAAAGUCAUCUUAAAAAAAAUAUAGAAUCAUAAUUAUAAUUAAUAAAAGAAAAUGAGAAAAAAUUGAAUGAAAUUAAAGAAAAAUAACAAAAAUAUGAAAUUUCUAAACUUGAUCUAGCUAAGAACUCUACAACUGAUUACAUAACUCAAUUGAUUCUUGAUUUGGAAGAAAGAGUUCAUAUUUUGAUAGUUGAAAAUGCUAACUUAAAUAAAGUAUUUAAUUAAAGAAUUAAAUUAUAAGAAAGAUUUAAUACUUUGGAAUUAUAAUUGAAAUAGGCAUAAGUUUAAUUUUAGAAAGUAAAGAUUGAAGAAAAAUUAAUAAAAACUAAAUAUAAUUAAAUAAAGAAAAAAUGA